UACUUGCAAAUUGCAGCUUAAACCUUCAGUUAUUUAUAUUGUGCGUAUGUGUUGAAAUAACAACAAUGCAGUUUGACAUAAAAAACAAAGUGGCUUUAAUUUCUGGAGCAGCAUCAGGAAUAUCUUUAGCCAUUGCUAAAGCAUUUUUACGCAAUGGAUUAAGGGGGGUUACAAUUGCUGACAUAAACACCGAACUUGGCGAAAAGGUUUUACAAGAGAUUAUAAAUGAGUUUGGAAAAAAUAAAGCUAUCUAUAUUCUCACCGAUGUAACUUGUAAGAAUAGCUAUGAAGCGGCAUUUAAAAAAACCAUCGAGACGUUUCAAAACUUAGACAUUGUGGUCAAUGGUGCAGGAAUUGUAAACGAAUUAGAUUGGCAACAAGAAGUUGACAUAAAUUUGAAUGGUACUUUGCACGGUACAAUUCUCGCUUUGGAAAACUACAUCCCAAAAUACAAAUCUGGUUCCGAAGGUGUAAUUGUCAAUAUUUCGUCAGCGGCUAUUUUAGACUGUUUCCCUCCAUAUCCAAUCUACACCGGUACAAAAUUUGCAGUGAUGGGAAUAAGUAAAUCAUUUGGUGCUGAAGUACAUUACAAAAGGACCAAAGUCAGAGUUUUGACUGCAUGUCCAGGAGUUACAGAAACACCAUUUGGUAUACAAGCAUCAGAAAAAUGUUUGAGUGAACCUUAUCGGAAAUUAAAGGAUGAAUAUUUUUCCGGAAUAUAUGAGCAAAAACCGGAAAGUGUGGCUGAAGGUGUGACUGAAAUUGUGAAAAACGCCCCAACUGGUACUGCAUGGAUUAUGGUGGAGGAUAAAAAACCAGAGGAGUUGGUGUGGCCAUCUGAAGGAAAGAAUUUUGCUCCCAAGAAAAAGAAGUGACAAACUAAACUGUUGUCUUCCGCUUGAUUUAAAAAAUUAAAUCAGCUUCAGAA